UUCCCUCCUCGUUGACUGACAGUCGGGCGGAAACACCGAGUCAUCGUUGGCUAGCAUCAAACCUUCCUCCUGCUCUGCCUGAAGAAAUUUAUUUAUAUUCAUUUAGUGUCCACUUUUAGACAAAAUGCCGCUGGAGAAUCUCGAAGAAGAGGGUCUGCCCAAGAAUCCCGACCUGAGGAUAGCACAGCUGAAGUUCUUGCUGACCAUGGACGGCCAUCGCCAGGAUGCUAAAGUGAAGACGGAGCUGAUGGAUGCUAUUAAAGCUAACAACAUGGCCCCCUACUAUGAAAGCCUGUGCAAGGACCUCAAGUGGCAGCAGGAAGGUGACCUGCUCAGCAAAAUGAAGAAGGCCAACGAGGAGGAGCUGAAGAGGCUUGACGACGUGUUGGAGGAUGCUGAGAAGAACCUUGGAGAGAGCGAGAUCAGAGAUGCCAUGAUGGCCAGAGCCGAAUACCUGAUCAGGAUCGGCGACAAGGAAAGCGCCCUAACAGCCUUCAGGAAGACCUAUGACAAAACCGUGGCCCUGGGUCACCGACUGGACAUCGUCUUCUACCUGUUGAGGAUCGGCCUCUUCUACAUGGACAGUGACCUCAUCACACGCAACUCCGAGAAAGCCAAGAGCCUGAUCGAGGAGGGCGGUGACUGGGACAGGAGGAACCGGCUGAAAGUCUACCAGGGCCUGUACUGCGUGGCCAUCAGGGACUUCAAGCAAGCCGCCGAGCUCUUCCUGGACACAGUCUCCACCUUCACGUCCUACGAGCUCAUGGACUACAAGACCUUCGUCACCUACACGGUCUACGUGUGCAUGAUCGCCCUCAAACGGCCGAACCUGCGUGAAAAGGUAAUAAAAGGAGCGGAGAUCCUGGAGGUGCUGCACAGUCUGCCUGCCGUGCGUCAGUAUCUUUUCUCCCUCUACGAGUGUCGCUACUCCGUCUUCUUCCAGUCUCUGGCCACGGUGGAGCAGGAGAUGAAGAAGGACUGGCUCUUCGCCCCACAUUACCGCUACUAUGUGAGAGAGAUGAGGAUCCAGGCCUACAGCCAGCUGCUGGAGUCCUACCGCUCCCUCACCCUGGGCUACAUGGCCGAGGCCUUUGGCGUCAGCACCGAGUUCAUCGACCAGGAACUGUCUCGCUUCAUCGCUGCAGGACGCCUGCACUGCAAGAUCGAUAAAGUCAACGAAAUCGUGGAAACAAACCGACCUGACAGCAAGAACUGGCAGUACCAGGAGACCAUCAAGAAGGGGGACUUGCUGCUCAACAGAGUCCAGAAGUUAUCCAGAGUCAUCAACAUGUAAACAAAGUGCUUUUUUUCUUACACUUCCUAGUUUGUUUGAGAAAUGUGUAAAUAAUAAUAAAAGGUUUGACUUACUGUUUGAGGAA